CCACCCCCUUAUUUUUAAUGUUCAGAUUAAUGCAGGAAAAUACAUAUCAUAUCCUUUCAUAUAAGAGUUUAUAAAGAUCAAAUCCAUCUCUUCAAAAUGAUUUCUAUCAUAGCAAUAUUGCUGUUCUCCCAGUAUGCAUAUUUAACAAUAUUUUUUUUAAAAAAAAGGCUUUAGGUGUCAAAUUCAGAUUCACUUCCAUAUCUUGAUAUUUUUAAUAUAAAUUCACCUAUUUCCAUCAAAAUGAGCAAAUCUCAAAUUGAACAGUUAUUAUCCAUUCUCUUCCUGUUGGGCCAUGAAAAUGAAGGGUGUCCCAGCUCAGAAAAUAUUUUGUCCCACUUUGGAACGACCCUAUCAUGCUGAACAAAGCACCCCUUUCGUUACCUGAUCUUUGUUGCUUGGAUAGACACAAAGUCUUGUCUGUCAAAGUAAGUGUACUUGUUGCUUUAUGAACAACUAUCUUCCUGGGCUUCUAAAUCUACAGAUGAGCAUUCAUUUUCCUUUUAUCAAGCCACUCUAAAUAUGGUUCUUGUCAGUGUGUCAGUAAUCUCCGUGUUUCAGAGACAUAAGACACUGGUGCACUGGGACAUUCUUUCUGCUCAACUCUUGCUGACGUCUGAUGCUUAAAACAGAGCAUGCUUUCAUCCUUCCGUGCAUUGUUGCAACCCCCUAGGAAUAUUUUUAAAAGGUGCUGCAGUUACUGAGGGGGGGAACAUUUGCCAACCAAAGCAGAUGAGGAUACCUUGGUUUCAGUCUCUGUGAAUGCUGCAUUGUAGUUUCAACUUUACAUCAGCCUGAUAACAGAAGGGAUCAUGUCUAACUUUGGCUACAGGCGAGAGCUUAGUAAAUAUGAAGACCUGGAUGAAGAUGAACUCCUUGCUUCUCUUACUGAUGAGGAGCUGAAGGAGCUAGAGAAGGAGUUGGAAGAUAUUGAGCCUGACCGGAGCCUUCCUGUGGGGCAUAGGCAAAAGAGUCUAACGGAAAAAACUCCCACAGGAACUUUUAGCCGGGAAGCACUGAUGGCCUACUGGGAAAGGGAGACCAGGAAACUUCUGGAAAAAGAGAGGAUGGGGGCAUGUGAACAGGAUUAUAAGCAAGAAGAAGAAGAAGGUGAUGAUGAUGAUGACGGUGGUGAUGAGUCAGAUGAAAUUAAAGAAGAAUAUUUUACAGGAAGUAACAGCGAACUUUCUGAAGAAGCACCCAAUGAAAAAGAGGACGGAGAGGAUGAAAAUAAAGAGGAUGAAAAGAACAAUGAGGAAUAUGAGGAAGAGGAUGAAGAAGAUGACGGAGAAGAAGAAGCAAGUAGUACAGAUGAUGAAGAGGAAUCUGUUGAAGAGUGUGAAAAACUUCCAAAUACUAGGAAGCAAACUUCACUCAACAUUAAACUUAAAAACCACAAUGAAAAUGAAAUUGUUACCAAUGGUCACAGUGAAAAGGAAGCGGAAUAUUUGAACUACAGAAUGGGAGCCAUGCACCCAUGUGGAAAUCCAACAGUGAUUGAAGAUGCAUUAGAAAAAGUUAGGAGUAAUGAUGCUGAAACUACUGAAGUCAAUUUAAACAAUAUUGAAAAUAUCACACCACAGAUGCUAACACAUUUUGCUCAGGCCCUGCGGAAUAACACUGUAGUGAAGACUUUUAAUCUGGCUAACACUCAUGCUGACGACAAUGUUGCAAUGGCUAUUGCAGGUGUGCUAAAGGUGAAUGACCAUAUUGUGAGUCUGAAUCUAGAUUCUAAUUUUAUCACAGGUAAAGGAAUUCUUGCUAUCACGAGGGCUUUACAAAACAAUAAAGUUUUAACAGAACUACGAUUCCAUAACCAAAGGCACAUAAUGGGCAGUCAAGUUGAAAUGGACAUGGUUAAACUUCUAAGGGACAAUACUACUAUUGUGAAACUAGGCUAUCACUUCGAGCUUGCUGGACCAAGAAUGAGUAUGACAAGCAUUCUGACAAGAAAUAUGGAUAAACAAAGGCAGAAACGGAUGCAAGAACAGAAACAGCAACAGUCCAGUUGGGAUGGAGCACUGAGUCCAAAGACCAAAGCAUUGCAGAAGGGAACUCCUGGUUCUUCACCAUAUUCAUCUCCUAGAGGUUCACCUUGGUCUUCUCCAAAGAUUUCUAAGAAAAUUUCACCUCCUCAAAACCAACUUUCACCUCCCAAAAGUUCACCUAUGCCUUCUCCAAAGAUUUUAAAGAAAGACACUGCUAUUAAAAACCAAUCUCCCUCCCCCCCACCACAAUCACCACCCCCAUCACCAACUGCACCAUCUCCUCCUCCUCCUCCUCCUCCACCACCACCACCUCCUCUUCCUCCUCUUCUUCCACCACCACCACCUCCUCCUCAAAUAGUUGUAGAAAAAAAAGCACCCACCAGGAAUAUUGCUGAGGUUAUAAAACAGCAGGAAAGUGCUAAAAGGGAUCUACAAAAUAAACAGAAGAAGAAAAAAAGCAAGAAAAAUAAACAAUAUGAGAAUGCAAUAUUAAAAGAAAUUAAAAAUUCAUUAAAAUCCAUCCCAGACAAUGUAUCAGAAGAAGGGUCACGUCCUUCAAGCCGACCUUCUACCCCAGUAAGAUCACUCCACACUGAUCUUAUGGAGGCAAUUCGAGGAAGUAGCAUAAAGCAGCUAAGGCGGGUGGAAAUCCCGGAAGCUCUGCGGUAAAAGUCAGCCAACACAAUGAAAUGAAGAUUUGUACAAAUUCUCAAAGAGAGGUACUCAAUCAUUCUACAGUGAUAAAAAUGGACUGAUGUAAAUGGCUUCAAAAGUGCAUUCUUAGAUCUGAGAUAUAAAUAAAAAAGCCUAUGAAACUUCAAGCAAUACUUCAAAGAAUUCAAUGGCGGUUUUGUAAAUAUGGAGAGUACUUUUUUAAUUUAGUAAGAUUUCUCAGAAGAAAUAGUUAUUUAUGUUGAUAUCAAGUAGCACUUCAUGGAACAUAUCCUUUCUAUAAAAAAACAUCUGUUCAGUUCCCUGUGUUUCUUUGCCUGAAUCAUACAUUUGCAAUAAAUGUGUUUUGAGUUUCCAAGUGGAAAAAAAACAUUUUAGUCCUGGUUUGUUGUGAAAAGUAUUAUGGGUUAAGGAGUACUAAGUGAUGGUCUGAGAAGAAUCUUUCUAUGCUGAAGAUUUGGUGAGGAUUUGUGUGGUGUUAUGAUCAUUACAUGAAAAAGGCUAGAAAUGCUUGGUGCUAUGCUCUGUGUGCAGCCAUAAAAUUCAAGAUUUCCCCAAUCAAGUGGAGCCUUAUUAUAGUGUGUCAUAUUAGCACAGAUUUCACAAGAAGAAGAAUUUCAUUUCACAAGAGGGAUUAACAAGAUGGAUGAUUGAAUAUCGUGGAUAUCUAGUGACUGAUGACACAUAGAUGAAACAUCCUAGUGAUUUUUUUGUAGGCUGUGCUAGAUAAAAUUGCACUAGCAAGUUAAUUUUACCAUUUUUCUAUUUCUCUUUGACCUAGAGAGAAUUAUGAGAUUUUAGUGGCCUUUCAUAUCAUUGUCUCUUCUGGGCUGCCUAGGAGGAUUGCUUAUGAGACAUAAUGCUUGCAAUGGUUCUCCUUGGUCUGUCCAUUAUGACAUGUUUAACAGCGCUUGGCCGCUUGCCCUUUCCAGGUUAAUAUUUAUAUGAAGCCACUGACAAAGAACAUCCAUUAAGAUGAGUAUCCAAUAUACUCACUGGAUAUAUGCCAAUAAUUCAAAGUUAUAAUGCUCCUGAAAGAGGAGCACUAACAACCAGUUCUCAGACUACCAGUCAUCCCAAUGUACCUGUGGUCAUUUGAUCGUGAUCUGGGUGCUCUGGUGCCUGGCUUGUGAUUAUGACAUUACAGCAAGUCAUGUGACCUCCAUUUGUGAUUUUCCCUGCUGGCUUCCCAUAAGCAAAGUCAACGAGGAAGCCAGAGGGAAAGGUUGCAAGUUGCUUCUCUAAGUUGUUCCCACUCCUCCCCCCCCCCCGUGCUUCACUAUGAAGUACAAGAACCCAGGCAUCUGACAUUCCAUAGAACCUCUCUGUUCACUUGCAGACACAACCACCAGCCUGCAGCACUCCCUCACCUCUUCGAAACUCUUCCCACGGGCUGCUUGACUCCAGUCACAGGAGAUUCUCUCUUAAUGACCAGCACAGUUACAAUGGCAACCGGGAUUAUUGGGACUGCCAUUGUGAAGCAAUGCAGUCAUCUGCCAUCAUGCUUUAAGACUGCAUUCCUUAAUGACAGAAACUGCAGUACCAAUUGCUGUCAUAACAUGAAGACUAUCUAGACUGAAUUAUUUUGUUUUUAUCUUCAGGAGAGGUGCGAAAAAAGCAUGCAACUAAGCAUGUAACAGGCAAUUAUAGAAAAACUAAUUUGGAAAUGCAUAGAGGCUGCAAAAGUAUGUACUUUCACUGUACUUUUUCUGUGAUCAAUGGAAACAAAUGAGGUUGGAGGAAAUAUUUCAGAGGUGUUCCUGCUGCCUCUUAUUAUUCUUUGAGUCAUUCCUAUGAACAGGAGAAAAUUAUACGAAGCUAAAAAGGGUAUUUGUAAAUUCAAUAAAAGCCCCUAAAUCUCUUUUUUCUUUCCAUAUUUGUGACCUAUAAAGCUAUAACAAAAAAUUUUCUGCCUCUACCCUCAAACACACAAAAAAUCAGUAUGAUUUGUAGAAAAAUCAUGUUGGUACCAUACAAUUAGGUUUAGCACAUUGAAAGCAUUUCUGUUUUUAAAGAUAUGAACUUCUAAAGAAUACCGUGUUGCAAUACACUUUUAUGUUUUCUUUCAUUCUUCUAUCCAUCCAGUGCAGAUAGUUAUCGAGAUUGCAUUAUCGAUACAGGAUUAAGCAAAAAGAAUAGCAGCAUCAGCUUGAUCCUACAUUAUUUAUACAUUUAAGUCCAAGUGUAUUCAGAGGAAUUUACUGCUCACCAUAGUGGAUCAAUGCAAUACUUGUUCAGUGAUUGUUUCUACUUAGAUAGCACUGAAAAUAGGGAUUUAUGACUGGCUCUUGAAGUUGUAACUGUCAGUGUCCCCACAGUCACGUUCUUGUCAACUGACUCAGAGUCCUAUGAUCACAUGAUCACCAUUUGCAACCUUCACAGCAGCUUCCACCAAGCAAAGUCAAUGGCUAAGCCAGCAAGAAGUUGCAAACCACUGUCAUAUGGUAUCAUGCUUAACAACCGCACUGCUUAGUGAUGGAAUUACUAGUUCCUAUUGUGGUCUGUAAGUGAGGACUACUUGUAAUUAUCUUAGAAAAAAUAUUAUUGUGCCACAUGACACAGUAGGUUGCUUUGGAUAAGUCAUAAUUCCCAUUUUAUAUAGAAAAUACAGUCCCAGCUGAGAAGAUACAUCAGCCUGAAAAAACAGCCUGAAAAGAUGAGCGUUUUUCGCCACAUAAAAGUCAUAAUCUAAUUUAAAUUAAUAUGAUGUGCAUGAAAUAUCUUACUAACCAUCAUUAUGCAAAGUAUUGUACUUUGGAUACUAAAUUUUAAUAAAAUUAUUAAGGACUAUACUUGUAGAGUCACAGAUUAAAAGUUGUACUGUUCUAACAUAUAUUAAAGUCUAUUUUUAAAUACCUUAA